GCAUUCAGAAAGUAAACACUACUGUUUGCCCUAUUUAAGACACAUCCACACAAGAUGGUCUUCAGAGAACCUAGAGGGGAAGGAUCAGGACCAAACAGCCCAGAAGACCAGAAGCAUUGGCAACAUUCACCAUGGCUAGGCUCUGUGUUUUCCUGAUGGUCCUGGCAGUGAUGUGCCACUGGUCAACCUACUGUCUAGGAUGUGACCUGCCUCAGACUCAUAACCUCAGGAACAAGAGAGCCUUGACUCUCUUGGUACAAAUGAGGAAACUCUCUCCUCUUUCCUGCCUGAAGGACAGAAAGGACUUUGGAUUCCCCCUGGAGAAGGUGGAUGCCCAGGAGAUCCAGAAGGCUCAAUCCAUCCCUGUCCUGAGUGAGCUGACCCAGCAGAUCCUGAACAUCUUCACAUCUAAGGAGGCAUCUGCUGCUUGGGAGGAAACCCUCCUAGACAAAUUCUGCUCUGGCCUCCACCAGCAACUGAAUGAUCUGCAAGGCUGCCUGAUGCAGCAGGUGGGGGUGCAAGAACCUCCCCUGACCCAGGAAGACUCCCUGCUGGCUGUGAAGAAAUACUUCCACAGGAUCACUGUGUACCUGAGAGAGAAGAAACACAGCCCCUGUGCCUGGGAGGUGGUCAGAGCAGAAGUCUGGAGAGCCCUGUCUUCCUCAGCCAAGUUACUGACAAGACUGAGUGAGGAGAAAGAGUGAGUCCUGAGCCAAAGUGGAGAGGACUAUCCUGGACUA